UUCAUUGUCUGAUUUUGAAAGAGCAGAUAUGCACUCUCAACUAAGUUUGAAAAUUUCCGCACAGUCCAAUAGUCAUCAAAUUUUGAAACCGAUAUCUCAGAAAAAUUACAUUUAUUUACUGAGUUUCGGCGAUAUAUUUUUUGAGUCACAGCUCAUUCGAGUUUGAACUUCACAUCGUUUCGGUCGUGAACUAAAACCGGUGUUCUAUAGAAGUGGUUUUUAAGUACGCUGUAGAAGUUUUCGCUACAUAUUUUGUACGUUACGUGCUCAUUGGAGCUCAAGGAAACUGUUCGAUCAGAGGUGGCUUCGAAGGAAAAAAUUAGCGAUCACGCAAAAGAUUACUAAUGGCGAUUUCGCUUGAACCUGAAACUGAGUCAGGUUCUAACCCCAACUGCUGUCAGUUCAUACAUUUUGACAGCAGUUGGGGUUAGGAACUGACUCAGUUUCGCCUCAAACGAAAACCACAUAAAUUGCGUUCGAGCGAAAAGACGCCAUUAAAACGUGAAAGUGCGCAGCAGUGAUAGAUUUAGGUUAAAAUGGAUGAAGCGAAGCACUCGGUAGAUCCAGGCGGAGGACAGAAUCAACACGAGAUGGAAGGAGAAGAAUUUUUUAACUCUAAUUCCGAACCUGCUGCAUUAGGAGAGAAAAAACACAUUAACAUAACCUAUACCAACAAUGACUCAGCUCCGUAUCGCAUUUUUGUCGAGUUGCGAGACAACAAAGGCGGAACGAUGAAAAUCAACAAAUUUUCCCUAGCUGCAAGAUUGUAGAAGAAGGAAGGAUUCAAGCAGUUUAUAACAGAUAUGAAGUACGUCGGUCGACACAAGAUUCUAGUGUUUUUGAGCAGCUACUUAAGUGCAAAUCUAAUGGUCGAAAAGAUUAAUAAUGGUAACGGACCCUUGCGAGCUUACGUACCACAGCAUUUAGUAUGUAUAACUGGUGUUGUAGCAGAUAUUCCAGCAGAGCUUGAAGUCGACGAGAUAAGGAAAGACCUGGACUGCGACGUGCCGAUCAUGGAUGUACAACGCAUGACGAAACGAGAGGAAAAUGGUGACAGGAUUCCAAUUAAUCGUAUUAUUAUCACGUUUAGAGCUAGGCAGCUUCCAGACAAAGUGUGUCUAUUUUGUUGCAUAAGUCGGGUUAGUCCAUUUGUUCCGCGGGUUGUGCUAUGCCUGAAAUGUCUGCGUUUUGGACACCGUCGGGGGAACUGCAAAGGCGUUAAGAGAUGCGAAAGUUGUACAUUACGCCAUGAUGACGAGGCAGAUUAUAAGAACUGCAAAAAUAUUCAGAAAUCCGCCCAUUGUAGAAGCAGCGAUCACAAUUCUGCGGAUGAGGCAUGUCCCGAAAGAAAAGGCAGAUGGAUAUUAAGUCUAAUGUCGAGACAAAACCUCACAUAUACGGAGGCAAAUCAGCAGGUAACGUUGGUAAACGUUGAUUCCGAAGAAUUUCCACAACUGACAGAAAGUUUCGCGAAUAUGACAAAAGGGAGAUACAAUUGGAAGGAUCCUAUGAAGGAACAGUUGAUCAAUACAAAUGAAGAGAGAAAAGCGAUCCAAGCAGCGGUGAAAAUAAACAAAGAACAAAAAUCUAUUGGUAAUAAGCGACCUCGGGUGGAAGAAAAGGGAAAAUUAAAAUCAACAACAGCACAACGAAAUGCAUUGAUUACUAACACACAGAGUUUAUCUUUGAAUGGAACAGAUAUGUAUAAUCCGCAUAGUGUUACGGAAAAAGAACGCUGGGAAGGAAUGCUAAAGGAGGCACAGGUGCAAAGCAAGAAGAUGUUACAGGAAUCCAUGAUAAGCUUUUACUCAGAUUUCAUUGGCAUGCUAGGUCCACAAGGAGAUACCAAAAAUAUGUUUAAACAAUGUACGGAAAAGCAUUUCAAAUUGGCCAAUACUGUCGUGCUGAACAACCCACACAAUAUCGCAUUUUAAAACUUGAAAAAUAGAAAUGCCGCGCGCAAAUUUCAAAAUAGAGUUUUUUACAAAAAUAAAGCAGAGAUUCAUCGGGUGUUAACAGGAAACAACUACACAGCAGCUUUUCUAGCUGAGACAUGAACAAAUGUUUUAUUAGAGGAUACUGGACAACAUAAAAUUGCAAAUGUUCACCUCAUCCCACAUUCCAGGGAAGAUAACUACGGAGGAUCAGGAAUAUACCUAAGCAGCAGUAUGAACUACCGAAAAAUUCCAACUCCAACAGUUUCACGACAUACACAAGUAGUUAUUAUACACGUUAUACAGUUUGACUUAGUUCUCGCAUCUAUAUACUGCUACGUUAAGAUAAGAUUGCCUGUAAUGUACACCCUAGGUGAAAAACUGAAACUGUUAUACUCGACCAAUAACCGUCAAAUCAAAACCCUUGACAGCGAGGGGAAAAAAGGGCCUUUCGAAAAGCGCCGCCGAAAAAACAGCAGGAAACAGAGCGAUCGAAACACACUCACACAAGCGAGCACAUCUAUGCUGCUAGAAACCGCCUCAGCUUUGUUCACUACCGCCAAAUGAAAAAAGAACGCCGCUAAAGCCGUCCGAACCAUUUUUCACUCCGCUUCGUUUUUGUGCCCGCAGAAGCACGGAUAGUAAAUUUCGGGUGCACUGUGAUCCAGAUUAAGCAGCUUUGAACCGUCUGGUCUCAUCAAGCUGGGAUUUAGUCUACCGAGCGACGGAAGAGCCUUCAAAUAACGUCAGAUCGAAAAGACGCCGUCGAAAUUGCCUCUCCGCCAUUUGAAGGGCAUUCAAAAGACACCAGGCUGGGGAAGUGCCCAUAGGUAGAGCGACUGGAAUUUUGCAUUUACCGGAGCGAGAGCGAAGACCCCUCAUUCAAGGGUGAGUUUGCGGAAAGGAAGCGCAAGCCGGAGGACUAAUUGCCGGUGCCCAAUAGGGUCUUCGUUUUGGCUUAUUUGCAGCUCAUCUGUCGGGGAGGAUCACCGAAUCUGCAGCACGGCGGAAACAUACCGAAGGUGGAUGCCUGCAGUGAAACAGUGGUAGCUAGCCACAUUACUGAGUGCACCAGUCCUACACUCAAGGAUCGAGCAUGUCCGACAGCAGGCACUGGGAGCUGACGGCCACUGAUUGCGAGUGAUGGCGGACGGUGCGGAGAGCGAAUAGUGUCAAAGGGGAAGCAGAUGAAUGACGGUGCAGUAAGUAGUAGGAGUGUAAGAAAAGUGCAGUAGGAAGAAGAGAAAAGGCAUGAGAAGAGAUUAGAAUGGAAGCAUAGAGGAAGUGAGAAGAAAGAAGCCAUGGUAGAGACAUAGUAUAAAAGAGAAAGGAGUAAGAGGAGGAUGAAGAUAGGUGAUAAUGGGGAUAAUACAUGUUUAUUGAUUUAAGUGACGCACGUUUAUUUGAUUUGAGUUGGUGCAUUUUGUUCUUAGUGUUUGCGUUUGGAUUCGUUUUUGGUAGUUCUGCUCUACCCGCUGCAGGGAACCCGCAACAAUACAUUAGUCCAACAAUUUCAACAAUAGAAUACGAUCAGGAUAUCAAGCAGCUCUUUAGAUGCUUGGAAAACUUCAGGAAAGUAAUUAUUGGCGGCGCAAGGAAAAAAGGAACACAUAAAGGAAUACUGACAAAUAGGUGGUAAAUUUCAGCGACAAGGUAAAUAAUGGAAAUGAUAAGGUAAGAAUGCAUAACAAUCAAUAAUAAUAACAAUGAUACAAAAUGAAUUUAUUCAUAUUGAAAAACAUGUUUCUAUGCGCGUUAUCCAUCCUAGUUUAAACUUGGGUUGAAGGGGCACUCAUUUCUGGGUAGGACAAAGCUAAUCAGGCCCGCUCUACACCAAAAAUGUACUAUAAGGAAACAUUUGCCCGGAUUCAUCGUGAGAAAGCACUUCACGGCUAUUUAUAAUAUUAUUACAGAGCACAGACAUCCAUGAUCGAACGAAAAUAUUUAACAAACGUUUGUAAACAUUUGAAUUAAUAUACCAUAAACACUAGCGCCGCCACACCACCCUAUCCCAACUAUCCGUCAAAUCCAUUCCGGAACCGGUUCGAAAUCCUGAAUGGAUUCAGUAUGGAAUCUUGCUCAAAGAAAACAGCCGAUUCUUACUCUAUCGGUUGAUGCAUUUGAGCUGGAAUUCAUGUUGGAAGUCCGAACCGGUUCCGGACUAGUUUGACCGGGUAGAGGAAUAACCGCUGUCAAUUCUGCCGAACUCAGCCACAAAAAAAAACAUGACAGUAGCGCACCUGGUUUGGAUAUCCCAACUACCUUCGAAACCGUUAGAGGUUUUACACAAGUUGAACUUAUAAGCAGCAGCUACUUAUAAGCAUCAGCAACAGUGAGGUGAUUUGGUGAAAUUAAAAUAAUUUAACUUUUCUAAACCUUUUUGAGGAGUUUUGUGGGAUGUAAAAUAAUAAAUUUUGGCAAACGGUGAGAUAUUUUUAUUCUAAAAUGAUGGAAAAAUUGUUUUUUUUCCAGAUGAAUUCCGAAAUAAUUCUUGGCAUCUUGGCCGCCUUGAAACAAAGGGUUAGUCGAGCAAAUAACUCUUAACUCAAGGGCGGACCCGGAGAAAUUGAUGUAAAACACAGAGGUCCGGAGAUUGCCCUCAAAAACCGGAGUCUCCGGGUCAAACCCGGGGGUGUGGCAACCCUAAGUAUAUUUGUGAAUCCAUGAGAUAUUUCGGAUCAGCUGACUAUUUCUUGUUUAUUUCUUGUGACGUUACGCCGGUGGGUGCGACCUCCGAUAAGAUCGUUGAUUUGAUCCAACAUGGAUUGCCUAAUUCCCAACAGUUGAAAUUGCGGGUUGAUGUUGAUUCGAUUUUGCUUCAAUAUUGACCCGAAUUUGAUGCAACAUUGGUCAGACGUCCAAUAUUGGUCAAAUAUUAGUCAGAUAUUGAUCAAGUAUUGGUCAGAAAUCACCCCAACAUAGGUCUGGCAUCAUUGGUCCAACAUUGGUCUUAUAUUGGUCAGACAUUGGUUCAAUACUGGUCAGACAUUUGUUCAACGUUGGGCAGAGGCACAAAUCCCCGACUAUGUACGGGGAACGUGCCAUUUGAGCCAAUAUCUUCUGAUUCCUGAUUCCUGAACGUUGGGCAGACAUUGGCCCGAUAUAUGUUUAUUAAAUGGCACCGCCCUCGAAUGAUUUGCACAGGCUGAAAUGCUCAAUACCUAAGACAAGACGAGACAACUGGCUUGAGUUACCAGCCACUCAAAUUCAGAAAAAGUACGCUUUCUCGUUUGCUCAGUUUUGAGUUUGGGACAAAAAUGUCAAAUUUGAGUACAUUUACUCGAUGAACAAAUACGAAAACUAACCAUUCCGCAUUUUUAAUAAAAUUACUACAAAAUGCGCGAGAGGAAAUUAGAUUUAAAGAGAAGCAAAACACAAUAAAGCUUACGACUCCACACGCUUUUUUUCGAUAAAAGGAAUUUUUUACUCAAAACUUUGAAAAUGUAAUGAUUACUCGCAGAUGAGUUAAUCCUACUCAAUUUUUUUUUCAAGCCAUUUUUUGAUAUAUUGCUCUAUUUUUUAAAAGUGAAGGCAUUGAACUCAAAUUUUGAGUAGUUUUGAAUGAACGUGUAAUGAAAUAUAUUUGACGUUUAGCGUGUUUCCCGGUCAAACCCAGAUAAACUUUGGAUUUUGAAUGGAGUCACUAUGGAUUCCAAAUCAAAUGCAAUAACCGAUUCCGACUCAGAAUCGGUUGUUGCAUUUGAUUUGGAAUCCAUUCAGGAUUCCGAAUAUAAUUCUACCAGGUAGGAAUUGCCAUGAUCUUUGCACAGUUUAUGUUCGAGUUAUGCCAGAGUUUUGCUCGGUUCCUGUCAAAAUUUGCCAGAAAACGCGAGCGAAACCGAGUUCGCCCUAGCUCAACUAAUCCGACAAGAUACGCGCAGAAAUCUGACAGGGCUGCCAAACCAAGCCUUACAGAAAUUUAGCAGAGCGGUCUCUGCCAGAAAAUUUGCUCACUGGGGAAAUCCGUCACAAAUGACGCUUCCCAGUAAAGUGC